CUCCAGAAUUAGACUUGGGAAAGAAGGUUAGCACUCCUCAAGAUCUGAUGAUGGAGGAGUUGUCCCUGUCCAUAAACAGGGGAUCGAGACUGUAUCAACAAAGGCAGAAGAGAGUGCAGCGUUUUGUGCUGGAGAAUCCUACAGGCCACAGAAUUGCCUCAAGCACGACAAGUGGAGGUUCACACCCAGAAUACAAUGGAGUGGAAACAACCAAAGGAUGGAAGGGUUUUUGUGGCAGUUGUCACAAAAUAGCAGGACCCUUUGAUUUCACCAACUGUAGUCAGAAAGGGCUUAAAGAGACAUCAAAAAGGGCUUCAGAUUGUCCACUCCUGUAA